AUGUCCGUGCAGGCUGGGCAGAAGCAGCCACUCUUGCUGCUGCUGCUCAUUGGUAUUGGCUUUAUUGCCGACCAGAGUUUGUCAGCGCCCACUGGACAGUUGGUGGUGCCCAGAUUGCCCUUUGUUGAGAGCUUCGAGAGCUUCGACGACAGCGAUAGCGACGGCGAUGCCGAUGCCGAUGCCGAUGACGAUAACGAUAACGACGUCGGCCACUUGGAGGGCAGUCGGGACCAGCUGAGGCAACUGCUUGGUCAACAGCUGAACAGCGCUGUGGCACCGCUUACAACUGCACCAUUGGCACUACUGAGCCAACGUCAGCCGUCAGUUGUGGCGCCCAGAUCAGGCGCAGAGUCUGCACUGCGCUUUGUCGACUCCAGCGAAGAGAAUAGCGAUGAGUCAGAGGAUGAGUCAGACACACAAAUAGAUAUCGAAACAGAUAUCGAGGCAGAUACAGCCACCGAGACAGUCAUCGAUACAAAUACAGAUACAGAUACUAACGCUGAGCAGGAUCCGCUAGAGGGAGAGUACAAUCCAUAUCGAGACAAUUUCGAGGAGCACAACGCGGAUGGCAGCUACAUCUUUGGCUACUCGCUGCCAAAUGGAGUACGGCGCUGGGAGCGUGGCUUCUACUCGGAUCAACGACAGCACGGUCUGGUGGUCGAAGGCUUCUAUGCAGAGCCCCGCGGCACUCAGUAUGAGCUGCGCUGUUAUCGCGCCGAUUCGCACGGCUAUCAGCCACUAGCAGUGGAGUACCUGCAGCUGCCGCCGCGUGUCCGUCGCAAUGAGUUGCCAACCGUGCGUUGCCUUAAUUUCAACCGAUAA